AUGAAACCUUCCAGAUAUUCUGCCCUAAAUGCAAACACAGGGAAUACACAAAGGGAAUACGAUGAUAUCAUCUACUUGGCGUGUGGACAGUCUACUUUUUCUAUUUUCUCUCUCUCUCUCUCUCUCUCUCUCCCUCUCUCUCUCUCUCUCAUAUAUGCACACACAAAAUCUCCCUCUCUCUCUCUCAUAUAUGCACACACAAAAUCUCCCUCUCUUUCUCUCUCUCUCUCUGCAAUAGUUUCAUGUGCUUUUCUCUGUCAUUUUAUCUCAUUCUUGCCACAAUUCUUUUCUUUCUUUCUUUCUUUCUUUCUUUCUUUCUUCUCCAUAAAUAUUUCUUUUAUUUCUUCCCCCUUUACUUUGUCCAUAAUUAAUUUCUUUCUUUCUUUCUUUCUUUCUUUCUUUCUUUCUUUCUUUCUUUCUUUCUUUCUUUCUUUCUUUCUUCUCCAUAAAUAUUUCUUUUAUUUCUUCCCCCUUUACUUUGUCUAUAAUUAA